AUGUCACAACCUUUUGUUCCCGUCCCAUCAACAAUACGUUUCUCCGUCGUAUCUUCACCCUCUUGGCGCUUUAAAACCACCGCGCGGUUCUACCGAUAUAAUGGCUGCGUGCCCAUCUCUAAGCACCUCAUCGUCAAGACUGGCCCGUAUGUCCACCUCACCGAAGCUGCCACUAUAAAGUUCGUCGCUGCCAAGACUUCGAUUCCGGUACCUCGUGUGUAUUGCUCCUUUGUUCACAAGAACCGGGCAUACACCGUCAUGGAGCGAAUUCAGGGACAGCACCUUCCAAUGGCCUGGAAGACACUGUCAGACGCCGGCCGCGACAGUGUCUUGACACAGCUUCGGGACAUGAUAACGGAACUAAGGGCAAUCACACCUCCCCCAGGAACAGGGGUUGGGAGUUGCGUAGGCGGCUCCUUACGAGACCCCCGAAAUCCUGCUAGAUCAAAUCCCAGGUUCGGGCCGUUCACGACGAUUCAGGACUUCCACAGCUGGCUCCGCGAGCAUCUCCGGCCGGAAGAGCAUCCGGACCGUCAGGAUGACCAAAACUGGAAGGACAUCAAGGAGAUGGUUGCUAAGCAGGACGGACCGUGGUCCCCUCCCGUCUUUACGCAUGGCGACUUAAACCCCUUCAACAUCAUGAUUCGAGACAAAAAAGUUGUCGCCAUUAUCGAUUGGGAGACUGCGGGAUGGUAUCCCUCCUACUGGGAAUACACGGCUGCAUGGACUGGGAAUGAUGUGAUUCGGAAAGGUUGGCAAGAUUUAAUUCCCAACAUGGAAAUCACGCGCCAGAAGUGGUGGGGAGAAUAUUAA